AUAUAAUGAUAUUAGUUUUACUAUUAUUUGAAAAUGUUUUAUCCCUUGCAAAUUUGUAUCUAUUUCUGUACAAUAUAUUUAAUAUGCAAUUUUUUCAAUAAUAAAAUAUAUCAUCUUGAAAUGGCACAACAACUAUUAUGCACAUUUUGAUACAAAUGAAAAAUGUGGUAAAAAGUGGAAAAACUAGCAAUGUGAAGAGGCGUAACCAUUUACGAAAUAAAGGACACAUAAAAACAAAAAAACAUAAGUCAAAAGCAUAUAACGUGCCUCAACCCCCUUUAAAAAGACGAGAUGAUCCAGCUGAAGAAAUCGAGGAGGAAGAAGCAGAAAACAGUGAUAAUGGAGAUGAUAUGCUAGAAAUGGUUGACCAAGAAGAUUUAGAUUUUCUUAAAAAAAAUAUUGGCAACCAAAAUUAUAAGCUGUACAACCGUAUUCAAAUUAAUAAUGAUGGUAAAAAUAAGAGAACUCGGGAAAAUGAUGAUGAAGAACUUGAAAAUGAGUAUGAAAGUAGUUCAAUGAUGAUGAAAGCAGAUGAUCUAUCUAUUAAGAAACCUUUAUUACCUAUUAAAACUAAAGAUGGCAUUUUAAGACGAUACACUUUAGAAAAAGAUGAAAUAGACUCAGAGAAGUCACAGCCCAAAAAGAAAAUAAUCGAGGACAAUAAAGAAAAUAAUGAUGAUGAGUAUGUUUGGUUAGAUACAAACGAACCCGAAAAAGAAAUAUCAGUUAAUAAAGGUGAACCAAUUAGUGUUGCAAAACUAUAUGCUAAAAGAGAAAACACCAUUCAAAGUUAUAAACAGCGUAUUGGACUAUUAGCUAGCACUUUAUUAGAGAAUCCAGAUCUAAAGAUUGGAAACAUUGCACAUCUCUUAGAAAUAAUGGAAAAACGUGAUCCAGAAUUACAAAUCACAAUAAAAAAAUUAGCAACUCUUACAUUAUUAGAAGUUUUUAAAGACCUCUUACCAAGUUAUCAAUUAAAACUGGAUAAACAUGAUGGAGUAAAAUUGAAAUUGGUUACAAAAGAGUUGAUUGGCUAUGAAGGACAAUUACUCAAGGGUUACAAAAUUUAUUUAACUAAUUUAGAGAAAAUGGCUAGUGCCCUCCACAAAAAGAAAGGAGAUACCCGAAUCAUAACAAAUGUUCAUAUAAAUUUAGCUGAAAUGGCUAUUAAUUGUAUGUGUGAAUUAUUAAUUUCUCAUUCAUAUUUUAACUAUGCAGUCAAUAUUGGGCAUUUGUUAACUCUUUACUUAGAUAACAAAAAUAGUAAUGUUAGAAAAAAAGUUGAAGAAACAUUUAUUAAAAUUUUUAAAGAAGAUAAAAAGGGAACUAUGUCAUUAGUGAUUGUGCGUCGUAUAAAUCAACUUGUUAAGACUAGAAGUCAUUGUGUGCAUAGUGAGCUAUUGUCUGUUUUACUUGCAUUGCCUAUCAGAAAUGUCAAUCUCGAUAAAGAAAAAGAAGAAAUUUUGAAAUCAAAAAAAUUUAUGACCAGAAAACAAAAAUUACUAGCUAUGUCAAAAAAAGAACGUAAACGAAGUAAAAUGUUGGAUAAAUUAGAUAAAGAAAUGCUUGAGACAAAAGCUGAAGAAAAUGUUAAAAGUCACAUGAACAAUUUAACUGAAAUCACUAAACUUGUAUUUUUGAUAUACUUCAGAAUACUAAAAACUGCUCCACGUUCUAAAUUAUUAUCCGUCUGUCUUGAAGGAUUAGCAAAAUACAGCCAUUCAAUCAACUUAGAAUUUUACCAUGAUAUUCUCACAGUUUUGGAUUCAGUUAUAAAAAAACAUCAACUAAAUGUUCAUGAGCAACUUUGUUGUAUUAAGACUAUUUUUGUCAUAUUAUCUGGACAAGGAACUGUAAUCAACAUUGAUCCCGUUCACUUUUAUUCUCAUUUGUAUAGAGUUAUUCCUGAAUUAGAUUGUUGUAAAUAUCAUGAUAAUUUAGAAACUUUCCUUCGUACAAUUGAAGCAUUGUUUUUGGUGGGUCGCAAGAAAGUAACUGCCAAUUCUACACUGUCGUUUGUGAAAAGAAUGUCUAUGUUAAGUCUUCAAACCCUUCACAAUGCAUCACUUGGUAUUUUAGCUGCUCUUCGGACUAUAAUACAAACAAAUAAGAACACAGAAUGUUUAUUAGAUGUUGACCCAUCAUAUGGACAAGGAAUUUAUAAUGCUGAAUUACAAGAACCUGAACAUAGUAACGCUGGAAGUACAUCAUUAUGGGAACUUCCAGCAUUGCAGAGGCAUUAUCACCCAGAAGUUUGUAGAUUAUCAAAAACUGUGGCUUCAUUGACAGUUUCUCAAAAUAACAACCAUUUAAAACCAGAAUUAGCCAAAAUGACUCCCAGUGAGUGGUUCAAAGAGUAUGAUCCAAGUAAUGUGGCAUUCAAUCCAGCAGUUAUGCCUCCGGUGAAGGUACCUCAGCGGAUACCUGCACAUUAUCCAACUCUUCCAUACUCUGAUGUUUUGGAUAAAAAUUACCCCAAUAUUAAUUUCUCGAAAGAUUUUUUUUGAAUUUGUAUUUUUUUUUAAUAAUUAUAUAUUAAACUAGAAUUGUUUUACAAAA